AUGUUGCUAUCUCCAGAAGAAAGAGCAUCACGUAUAAGAUCUUACAUAGAAGACCAAAGGACAUACGCUCCAUAUUAUGAACCACCUGAUGAAAUACCAGUGUCUAUUGUUAUAAACGAUGAUGAUGAUGAUAUAAAUUGUAAUAGUUUACUAAUGACUUCUGUAAGUCAAGUAGACGUAAAUCAAACAUCGACUAGAAGAAAUAUAAGCAUUCAAGCAUCAAUUGGAAGAGAGAAUGACCAGAAAAGAAAGGAUGUGGAUCAUGAAUUGAAAAAGCCUUACGUGACUUCUACUAAACCAAAUGGAUUGCACCUCUUGGAGAAGUUUACUUCACCGAAUAUAGAAAUUGAUCGCAUCACGAUCAAGUCACGAAAGAGGAAUAGGCCACCUUCUUUGGGUUUAUUUAACAAGGGAAAGUCGUCUGCAAAAGGAAAACUCAAUCGAGGAGUGCCCGAUCUCGUAUUUUCAGAAGCAGAAUUUCUAAAGAGACAAACAAAGGAGGAUCAGAACAGUGUUCGCUCUUCUUCUUUGACCAAAAGAAAUCCUAGGUGCACUGAGAAAAAGUCAAGAUUUUUCAAGAAACAAGAUGAUGAAAGAGACGAAAGAGCUAUCUUUGGUCAUAAACAACAGCCAUGUGCUGAGGAUGACAAUAGCUCUUGUAGAUGCUGUGAAAUACUUUCAGAUUAUGAUGAUAAUGAAAAUGGAGCGACCCUCUCGGAAGAUAAUUGUGGACUAUUGUACAGCAACAAUUACUGCAGUUACUCUCAGAUACCUUCUUACUCACAUGUAAGGUCACCUUCCACUCUUCCGAUCACAACAGGAUACCAUUCUAUUGAUUGGCAGAUUGAAGACAAUCAAGAUGAUGAUUCGGAUGCUUUAACACUUAAACGUGACCAGUUAGACACCUUCUGGAUCAAAAGAAAGCUGUAG